AUGAAGUGGUUACUGUUCUUUGGGGCCCUUAUUGGGGCAGGCAUCUGCGGCCAAGACAAAUUCUUUGGGGACCAAGUUUUUAGGAUUAACGUCAGAAAUGGAGAUGAUAUCAGAAAACUGACUGAGCUAGUGAAUUUGGACCACUUUAAGCUCAAUGUCUGGAAAUCUCCCUCCACUUUUGAUCGGCCCGUGGAUAUUCUCGUCCCUUCUGUCAGCUUGCUGCCAGUCAAGUCCUUCCUGAAGUCCCAGGGUUUAGACUACUCGGUGACAAUUGAGGACCUACAGGCCCUCUUAGAUAGCGAAGAUGAGGAAAUGCUGCAUAAUGAAGGAAGAGAGCGGAGUGGUGACUUCAACUACGGAUCUUACCAUUCCCUGGAGGCCAUUUACCAUGAGAUGGACAGUAUUGCCACAGACUUUCCUGACCUGGCGAGCAGAGUAAAGAUCGGGGAGACAUUUGAAAAACGGCCCAUGUAUGUUCUAAAGUUCAGCACGGGAGGAGGCAAGAAGCGGCCAGCCAUUUGGCUGAAUGCAGGCAUCCAUGCCCGUGAGUGGAUCUCACAUGCCACAGCCAUCUGGACAGCGAGGAAGAUUGUGACUGAUUAUCAAAAGGACCCAGCUGUCACCUCCAUCUUGGAGAAAGUGGAUAUUUUCCUGUUGCCUGUGGCCAAUCCUGAUGGAUACGUGUACACACAAAGCAAAAACCGAUUAUGGAGGAAGACGAGGUCUCGGAUCCCGGGGAGCCGCUGUAUUGGAGCUGAUCCAAACAGAAACUGGAAUGCUAGCUUUGCAGGAGAGGGGGCCAGCGAUAACCCUUGCUCUGAAGUGUACCAUGGCCCCCACCCCAAUUCUGAAGUGGAGGUGAAAUCGGUGGUGGAUUUUAUUCAAAAGCAUGGGAACUUCAAGUGCUUCAUUGACCUGCACAGCUACUCACAGCUGCUGAUGUAUCCCUAUGGGUACACAGUCAAGAAGGCCCCAGAUGCCGAGGAGCUGGACGAUGUGGCGAGGAGUGCAGCCGAAGCUCUGGCUUCUCUCUCGGGCACUAAGUACCGAGUGGGACCGACUUGCACCACCGUCUAUCCAGCGAGUGGGAGCAGCGUCGACUGGGCAUACAACAACGGCAUCAAAUAUGCUUUCACAUUUGAGCUGAGAGACACUGGGCACUAUGGUUUCCUCUUGCCAGCCAACCAGAUCAUCCCCACUGCGGAAGAGACCUGGCUAGGCCUGAAGGCCAUCAUGGAACAUGUUCGGGACAACCUCUACUAG